AUGGUUGAGUUGGGAGUGUUGAGUCCUAUUAUAUUGUCACCAGAUGAGCACGGGUGUCCUGUGAAGGACAAAUUGACGGACUUACGCAAACGAAUUGCUCAGAAGAAAUGCGAUUCUAUAAUUCUUUCAGCACUUGACGAUAUUAUGUGUGAGUGGAGAUUACGGUUACUCAAUAUUAGAGGAUUUGAUAUCAAGUACAACCCAUUGGCUUAUUCAUAUGUUUUGGUAACUCCUUCUGAAGUACACCUAUUCAUGGACAAAGCUGAUGAUGUGGUGAGGAAUUCCUACCUGACAGUUCUACAGCUUGGUUUUCCCUUCGGGAAGCUCUUCUACUCAGCUGUGCGUAAGUACCUUGAGAGCGAAGGCGUGACCCUUCAUCCAUACGCCGAUGCAUACGAUUUCAUGACAAAAUGGUAUGAACAACAGGCAGGGCUCAACAAGCACAAGCCUAGGGUUUUCGUCCCAAGAAACACCAACUACCUUUUCGGGCAAAUUUUUGAAACUUCGGCAGUUGUUGACGGCAGUCCUGUACAAGUAAUGAAAGGAGUCAAAAAUCCCGUAGAAUUGGAAGGCAUGCGCAAUAGCCAUAUCCGAGAUAGUGCGGCACUGGUAAGCUUCCUUAUGUGGUUAGAAAUGGAAAUACUCGAGGGGCGAUUAUAUAGCGAAAUCGAAGUGGCCUCAAAAAUUGAAUCAAUGAGAGCUGCUCUGGACAAAUACGUCGGUUUGAGGUAG